CGCUUCUAAUAAUCGCAAUGAGAAAGCCCUAGUUAGGGUUCCUCGUCCCCGCCCCCGCCCCCUCUUCGUCGUCGCCUUCGCCCUUGCCGUAAGAGUUUAACCUAGCUCGACGAUCCAAUCCAUGGGGCGGAACGAGGGAGCAGCGAGGGAGGCGGAGGCCGCGGCCAUGGGCGGCGGCGGCGGAGGCCACCGAUUCUUGGAUCGGAGCAAGGUGAGGAUUCUGCUGUGCGACCCCAAAAGCUCCCAAGAGGUGCUCCACCUCCUCUCCAAGUGCUCCCACCAAGUAACUUCAGUGAGGUCUGCAAGACAGUUGAUUGACGUGCUUAGGGCUCAGGCAGCAGACAUUGAUAUCAUUCUCGCAGAAGUUGAUCUCCCCAUAGCCAAAGGUUUCAAGAUGCUCAAGUACAUCACUAGAGACAAGGACUUGAGGCGCAUUCCCAUCAUCAUGAUGUCUUCUCAAGAUGAGGUUUCGGUUGUUGUCAAGUGCCUGCGACUUGGACCAGCUGACUAUCUCGUGAAGCCAUUGCGUACCAACGAGCUGUUGAACCUUUGGACCCACAUGUGGCGAAGAAGACGGACGCUUGGUCUGUCCGAGAAAGAAGUCUUCAACCAUGAUUUUGAGUUGGCACUGUCAGACCCAAGUGAUGCCAAUGCAAACAGCACAACUCUAUUAUCAGAUGACACGGAUGAUAAGCUGAAGGGAAACUCAAAUCAGGAAACAGGCACCUCAAAUCAUCGUGAAUAUGAGUCUAAUACCUUUGGUGUUGAACCCGGGUGUGUUAGCAGAACGCAACAGACGGCAGAUGCUGCAGUGGGUGGUGAUUGGGCAUCAUUCUCAGGGGGAGUCUUUUCAUUCCCAAAGAAGACCAAUCUGAGGGUUGGCGAGCCUUCUGCAUUUCUGGCUUACGUCAAGUCAACCCCACAAGCCAAAAAUUCCAACUGUACCCAACUGGAUGGAAAUGCAGGCCCUUCAGAACCCACGAAAUGUCAGGACAAUUUACACGCAGGAAGUGAAAACGAGAGAAUUAAAAGCAGAGGGACACAUGAAAGAUGUUCCGAGGAAAAUGAAGCAUUUCAGAUGCCGACAGAGUUUACUCCGGUUUGCUUCUCUUCUUCUAGCACACAGCCAGAAUCGAGUAGUGAAGGCCAAAACAAUGUCUCUGGCGCUCCGUCGGUCUUCCACUUCCCAUUUUAUUAUCCUGGAAUGAUGCCCUCGUCAGUGCACAUGUUUCAAGGAUGCUUAAACAAUGUGCAAGCACACAGCUCACCAGUGCUGUUGCUGCAGUAUAAUGCUCUUCCUCAUUUGCCAGUAAUGCCAUCAAUUCCUUAUAAUCAUGUUGGCGUGAAUUUGCAAUCGGGCCACAUGCCUGCCACAAAUGUUUGGCCGUCAGUGACGAGCACGUCAGUGCCUGAAGCCAAGUCUGGUCGAACUGAAAGAAGAGCAGCAGCGCUUGUGAAAUUCAGGCAGAAAAGGAAGGAACGUUGCUUCGACAAGAAGAUUAGAUACGUAAAUAGGAAGCAUCUUGCUGAAACAAGGCCCAGAGUGCGGGGUCAAUUUGUGAGGCAUGCGAACAAUGUAGAUAUACAGCUUGGUGGACUUAAUGCCGGUGAUGAUAAUGCCGAGGAGGAUGAAGAUGAGGAGCCAACAUCAAGAGAACUCGAGCUUGUUUCUUCUCCUGAAUAUAACACGAGGAACUGAUGAAUGGAACCUUCCGAAACGUACUCAAGUGCCUCUUUUGCUUUAUGAUGGUUAGUGGAUCUGCAUUUUCUCCGGAGCUCCAGAUAUUUGCAUGUUAUCCAUUGGUCGAGUUAUUGGAGAGAACGCCAUCGAUAAAGUUGGGAAAGGAAAUACCAUAGUGAAAGAGGCAUUUAGGUGGUAUUGUUCAUCGACUUCUUUGCACAAAAAAUUUAUAAUGCAUGCAUCUAUUGUUGAAAUCUUGCAUUGAGCUCCCUCUCCCCCUCUUUUUUAUACUUGAUCUUCCAUAUAUCUGUAUGGAGUUUCAAUUGACGACAAUAUACAAAGAAGGAAAUCGUCACAUCUGUUUCAAUUUAAAACAUGGAUACACCAGACUAUUCAUGUCGUGCUUCACUGCUUUGAAAGUAGAAACAAAGCUGCAUAUGUUCUGCACCAAGGAUUAAAAGAAAACCUAGGUUUCCAUCUAUUUUCCGGCGAGGUAGAUACUAGCCCUCUGGAAGGAGAAAAGAACUGAAACAAGGAUGCUAUGAUCAAAAUUCUUGCACAAUGUAGAUCUUCCCUAAAAUGAUUGAAUCGUCAGAAAGCUCUUCUAGAUGCUCCAAGGCAAAAUGGUCAAUGAUCUUUUUUUUGUGAAUCUUUUCUGAUAUUUACUGCUGGCUACAAUGGUAAUGAAAAGUCUUAAUUGCGCGAUUUGCAACUUGCAGUAUUUGAUUAUCAUCUCAUAGUUUCUUUGAAAGUUCGUCAUUGAUGGUGUGCAUCUAUCCUAUGAAAUUGAUUACAGUAUCCUUUUUGAGUUUUGACUCCAUCAUUCAAUAAGUCACAAUGUCUUGCAAAAAAUGCUAUUUGUUUGUUUAAAGCAUUAUGUCAUGUUUUCUUGCAGCUCUUUCUUGAUGUUGAAGCCAUGUGUUGUUUGACUUUUUUUUUUUUUUUCCAUUUCCGGUGAUCAUUAUGCAAUCUAUCCAAUGAUGAAUCUCAUGAUUCUAAAAAAAGUUCUGGUUGAGCUACUGGAAUUAUCUAAUGAAUACACAUUUUUACCUACCGGAGAUAUAAAAAAUAUAUGCAAACUGAGAAACUUGCUAUAUUGGACUCCAACUGCGUGAUCUUAAGGGCCGAUAGAUAAAGCGAUAAGCACUCUUAAACAGUAAUAUUAUCAAUAGAUGAUAAUUUCCAUCAAUGUCAGCUACACUGUAUUAAGCUUUCAAUUCUACGAAAACUAACCGAAAAAGGGAUUGUAUUGCACCUGCAACCUUUUUUUAUCUUCAGCAGGUGCCAAGUGUGUGCGGAUGCCGAGAAAGAUCCUAUUAUGAAACAAGAACUGGCUGGGCUUGCCAGAAUAGUUUAGAAGUAGCCUUUGUAAUGGAACGGAACUCUCGCUUUGCGCCUCGCAGAUUGAUGAUGAAAUAGAAAAGCAUAUGGAUCUUCACAAGGAGGUUCAAGAAAGCGACAUUAACACUAUUGUUGCGAGAAGGCGGAAGGACUUCACAGAGGAAUUCUUUCGUCAUCUUUCUAUAUUUUCAGAUACACUUUACAGCAAUCUGGACGAGCGAGAUGAUCAUGCUCGACGCCUACUGUUGCGGCAGAUGAGCAAUCCCGCAAUCCCAUUGUUAUACAAAGGCAAUCCCAUUGUUAUAAAAAGGCUAAAUAUCCUCGAGGAAACAAUCGAAGAGGAGUAUAUGAAGAUCAGCAGACAAGACGAAGACUUGGAACUGAAAGACAAAAACUGAUUUCCAACAGUUUGUCGAAUCACUGUAAAACUACACCCCAAUCUCAUCAUCAGAGUCAGGAGAGAAUGGUUUGGUUGUUAAACAAGGUGCUGAGAUGUUAGUAAGAUAUCGGGAUGUAAGAGAUGUCGAUGAUUGAUGAAAUUUUAUCCGAUAAAUGCGUAGAUGUCCUCGCGUAUUUGUUCUAUGCCCUAAACAUCCACUUCUGAUUGUGUUCCUUGAUGCUACAUUGUGGGAUUAUUGGGCAAGUCUCACAUUGUCUGAUGAUUUUGGGCUGUAUGUGUGUUUAGGGUUAACGAGAACGUCAGGGUCUAAAAGUGGAAAUUUGUAACACCCCAAUAGUACCACAUUGGACGGGAAUAGAAUUGUCGUUGGGUAUAUAAAGGACUUCAUCAAAAUAAUAAUAACUGGACUUAAGUAUUUUUGACUGGUGGUUUGAACUCAAUGAUUUUUUAUUGUUAGUGAGUUGGGUCGUUACAUACAUACAGGCGGCCGUAGUGCGCGCCGAUCUCAUUAUCAGAAUCAAGAGAAACAGAUGCUUUGGCUCUUAAUAAGAUGGUAAAGUUGAUUUUA